ACUGCUUGGUGUUUCAUGGUCCUCCUUGGUUGCAAAUAUAAUUCUGUCUUUUCCUUCUUGCCUGCAGUAGGACAUGGCGGAGCCGUCCGGUGCCUCUCCUCCGCAGCGCGCGCGCAGACUGACCCCCACCGUCCCCUCCGCUCCUCCUUCUCCUCGUCCUCCACCACAGCCGCCGCCGCCACAGCAGCAGGCAGCGGCGCGCUGCUCCACGCUAGGGCCUCCCGCCUCCGGAAGCGCCUUCCCUGCCCGCCGGCGGCCGCUGACGCACCUCCUGCCGACCGCGGCGCGGGGAGGGAGCAGCCGGCUCGGCCAGGCCCGGCUUGGGCUGGACUACACCCCCCAGCCUGCCCGCGCCCGCCCUUCCUAGGCGGGACCUACGGGCCCGGCGUGCAUUGCGGCGGCGCCCCGGGCGGGGAGCGGCGCGGAGGCGGGAGGGCUGGGCGAGCCCUGAGGGGGAGGGCGAGGCUCUUGCGGCGGCUCCUGCGGCCUCUCCGGGGUGGUAGCAGCGAGGGCGAGAGGCUCAAGAUGUCGAGGAAUUUCUCUGACACAGGCAGCAGAAAAGAACAUGUUAAAAUCACAAGUGAGUCCAAACCAGGGUUCCUGGAGAGGCUCAGCGAGACUUCUGGAGGCAUGUUGGUGGGACUUGUGACAUUUCUUCUGUCUUUCUACCUUCUUUUUACCAAUGAAGGACGAGCUUUAAGGACAGCCAAAUCUCUUGAUGAGGGACUUUCUCUUGUGAUCCCUCUUGAUAGCAUCCACAGUGUGUCUCAGCAGAAUGAGGGGAGAUUGGUGCACUUAGCUGGUGCUCUGAGUACAUCUAAGCCUUUGUUUGAUCCCAGCUAUGGGCUCUCCAUCCAAGCUGUCAAACUUAAGCGUAACGUGGAAAUGUACCAAUGGGUAGAAUAUGAAGAUUCCACGGAGUAUGAAGAGAAUGGUGAGAUUAAGAAAGAGACAAAAUAUUCAUACAAUACCGAAUGGAAAUCCGAAGUUGUGAACAGCAGGAACUUUGAUCGAGAAAUUGGACACAAAAACCCUAGUGCCAUGGCUGUGGAGUCUUUCACUGCUGUUUCUCCUAAUGUCCAGGUUGGCAGCUUCGUUCUUUCCAAUGGCCUUGUGGAUAAAAUUGAUGACUUCAAGCAGUUGAGCUUGUCACACCUUGAGGAUCCACAUGCCGAUGUUACCCGAGGAGGAGAUUACUUUUACCACAGUGAGAACCCCAGGCGUCCAGAAGUAGGAGACCUUCGUGUCUCAUUCUUCUAUGCAGGUCUGAGCGGAGAUGACCCCCAUUUGGGCUCUGCUGAUCAGGUGACUGUGAUUGCUCGCCAGCGAGGCGAUCAACUGGUUCCAUAUCAUACCAAGUCUGGAGAUGUCCUGCAGAUUCUGUACCCUGGGGCUCUCUCUGUGGAGGAGGUGUUUCAGAAAGAGCAUGAGAGUAAUACCAUGAAGACCUGGGUUCUCCGUGGAGCAGGCUGGCUGGCAAUGUUUGUAGGCAUCAGCCUAAUGACCCGAAUCUUCUACACUUUGGUGGACUGGUUUCCUGUUGUGAGAGAUCUGGUUAACGUUGGACUGAAAGCAUUUGCCUUCUGCGUAGCCAGUUCGCUGUCGCUCCUGACCAUCUCCAUUGGCUGGCUCUUCUACCGCCCUCUUUGGGCUUUGCUGAUCGGGUUGCUCUCUGUUGUUCCACUUGUGGUUGCGAAAUCUCGUGUUCCACCAAAGAAGCAGCAGUGAGAAGGAGGUGGUCGGGUUUUGCGCUGAAUCCUGGUUAGAAACUUUUCAAGUGCGUUUCUGUCCCGGUAACUGCAGCGUGCUUACAGCAUAUCACAGUUCAGCAGCGUGCACCCAGAUUUGGGGAGGGGGCUCAAAUGUGGUUGUUGAUACACAUUAUCCAUGAAAAACAUGACUGUAGGAUGCUGUUUUAGGAAGUCAAUGACAUUGACUUUGGGGAAAAAAAAGCGUUCUGGAAUGUCUGUAUUGAUUAUAACUCAGUGAACAAGGAGAUUUGUACCUCUUAUCACUUACAAAUUUCCCUGAUUUGAGGCCUGGGAAGUCCUCCCUGGCAGGUGUAUUAUGGAGCAAGUGCCAUCUUUAUCACGUCGACAGUAAUUAGAUAUCCUUAGGAAGUACGUGUGUGUACCUGUCUCUGGCAAAUCUCCCUCUGCUGCCUUUUCUUACAUGCAGAGUCAUGUGCACUUCUUUGGCUGAUGCAUUUGGAAGUGCAUGUGUUCCAGGGAAAAACGCAAUGUAGUCAAAUUUCACACAAUACUUACGUAAAAUGUAUGCUUUUGGACUGAGGGUUUUCAAAGUAACUUGAAAUAAUGUGUGGCCAGGUUAGCAGUGCUCUGAGAUGGGGCAGAUUUGUUAGAAAGCAUUGGUUUCCCCCAACUUUUCAAAAAUCUCUGAAGUUGUUCUUGGUUAAGCAUCCAAACUUGUAGCGUGGACUGUUCUAUUGCAUUACCAUUUCAGAAAUUUAACUUCAAUUUGCACUUAUUUCAGGGGAUACUCAGAGGUCAUUAACCUUUAAAAAUAAAACCUGCUGCCUUGACACAAAAUUAAUUUUUAUAAUUGAAUGUAAAUUCUUUAAAAUAUUUGGGUUUUUUUUCUGUGCAUACUGUUUCUUUCUUGGAUUUCACUUAGUAAGGACAAUGAACGUACUCCAUGAAAUUACGCAAUGAAAACAUUUUUGUCUGAGAUUUCAUAGACUUCAGUAAGCUAAAUUUUGAGCUUUUUAUCAUGUUAGAGGAAUGCCGCCUUGUAAUGUUGUGAUGGCUCACGUUUACAUAUUUCUGCUGUAACCAGUACUUGAGAUUAGAGACUAUCUUGUACUGUUUUUAAGUCUCUCCACCUAGCUGGCGUCUGGCUUCCACAGGUUCCCUCCCCACACUACAGUGGUUUUCUUCUGUAAGUAUACACAAUUCUUCAUUUAUGAAAUCCAGUUGUGACCAUCAGGAGAAGCGUGCUCCCUGUACCAAAGGAACUGAAUUUGACCAUAUAUAGAAGCAAAUGUUUUCUACAAAUGGUACUGAAAAGAGAUGGGAGUUAUAAAUGUUUUGAGAAGUAGUAAUUAUUAGCCCUAAUUCUUUUCAUUCUUCUGGUAUUUGAAUGUUGUCGAUUCCGUCUCAUGGCUGGGUUCCUCUGGUAGAAGCAGUAGUAGCGGGUGAAAGGUUAUAGGAAGUGCAGGUGGUCUCACGCAGGCAGCUGAUAUGCGUUAGCAAUACUGCCUAGCCUUGUGCUGCUUGCUGACACCAACUUUUGCUCCAUCAGUCAAGAAUUGCACUCCACUGGGGAGAAAAACAAGUGUUGAACUGCUGUUUUACCAAUGAUGCAGGAAACUAACCAGCAUUACCAUAUCAGAGAUGAAAAUACCACUUUCUAAAGAAGUGCUGAGCUUUUGUAUAUUUAAUAAAAUACAAUUUUCAGAA